CACACGCCAGAUGCGUGAGAGUUGGCAACCCUGCCUUCAAUCCUAGCAGGCUCCCGUAGCUCAGUAUAAAUGGCAGCCAGGUCACUUCCGUUUCCUUUGCUGGUCGUUUGUGAUGCUGGUUGCUACGUUGAUGCUACAUGCUACACACAGGGAUUCCUCCACGAUUCCUAAACAUAUUAACGUUUGGUUAACAAUUGCUGCAAUCAGCGGCCUCAGGCAACAGUCAUAACAAUCGGUAUGCUGUGUGCAGGGCUGUGUGCUGCAGGACUGAGCAGAGGACUGAAAGAGGAACACAAAUGGAGAACAAAGUGGAAAAGAGGGAACAGUGGACGAGGAAAAGGGAAUAUAUUCUGGCAGCAGCAGGCAAUGUGGUGGGCCUGGGCAAUGUGUGGAGAUUCCCCUACCUAUGCUAUAAGAACGGAGGAGGUGCCUUUCUGGUGCCGUAUUGUUUAUUUGCCCUGCUGUGUGGCGUGCCGCUUUACCUGAUGGAGACCGCGAUUGGUCAGUACACACAAGAGGGCGCCAUGACCUGCUGGAGCAAGCUCUGCCCCCUGGCACAGGGUGCUGGCUAUUCUUAUAUAGUGAUCCAACUUUAUUCCCGAGUCUACACCAUUAUCCUGGCUUGGGCCCUCCUCUACCUCAUCUAUUGCUUCAGAGACCCUCUGCCCUGGGCCACCUGCAACAAUCCCUGGAACACAGACAGAUGUGUGGACCUGUCCUCCUUAAACUCUACUCAAACACACAGAGGCAACCAGUCAGUAAACUGGACAUCUGGAAAUCUCACCAAGUCUUCAGUCUCUGAGUUCUGGGAGAGAGGCGUGUUGUCUAUGUCUGGGGGGAUAGAGGAGUUGGGUGGAGUGCAGUGGGAGGUGCUGCUGUGUCUCCUGGCUGUCUGGGUUGUUUGCUACUUCUGCAUUUGGAAAGGGGUCCGUUCCACAGGGAAGGUGGUGUAUUUCACGGCUGUGUUCCCCUAUGUGAUGCUGGCCAUCUUGCUGGUCAGGGGGUUGACGUUCCCGGGGGCCUGGCAGGGUGUGGUCUACUACCUGUAUCCAGAUCCUUCUCGCCUGGUGGACCUUCAGGUGUGGAUGGAGGCUUGUGCCCAGGUCCUCUUCUCCUAUGGCGUCGCAACAGGAACCCAUAUCACAAUGAGCAGCUACAACAAAGUCACAAACAACUGUUAUAGGGACAGUGUGUGGUUAUGUGUGCUCAAUUGUUGCACCAGCUUAGUUUCCGGGUUUGUAGUCUUCUCAUGUCUCGGAUUCAUGGCCGAAAAACAGGGCAUUCCCAUCGAAAAGGUCGUCACAUCAGGCUCGGGGCUAGCAUUCAUCGCUUUUCCUCAGGCUGUUGCCAUGAUGCCCCUGCCUCAGCUGUGGGCCGCCUGCUUCUUCAUUAUGCUCAUUCUGUUGGGACUGGACAGUGUGUUUGCAGGUUUGGAAACGUUAACAUCAUCAAUGAUUGACAUGUUCCCUGGACAGAUGCGCAGACCUUGGCGCAGAGAAAUUCUCCUCGUAGUCUUCAGCUCUUUCAUCUUCCUGUUACAGAUCACUCUCACCACACAGGGAGGAGUAUACCAGUUCGAGCUGAUUGAUUACUAUGGUGCCAAUGGGAUAUGUCUGCUAUUUGUGUCUUUGGUCCAGUGUGUGGCUGUUGGCUGGGCCUUCGGGGCUGAGAGGAUAUGUGAUGCACUUGAAGACAUGACGGGACAGAGGCCGGGGGUUUUCUACACUGUGUGCUGGCGUUACGUCACCCCUCUGAUCUGCACUGUUUUCUUCAUUGGCUUCUUUCUGAAUUUCCAGCCUCUGAAAACAAGCGACGGCUCUGUGUACCCAAACUGGGCCAACAACCUGGGCUGGGCCAUAGCCUUCUCCUCUUUGGUCACAAUACCCAUCUGUGCUGUCAGCAAGUUCUACUUCACAGAGGGCUCUUUCAGACAACGUCUGUUGGUGCUGUGGCAUCCUGUUAGUGAUCCUGUUGGUCCCAAAACAAAAGAAGAACGUUCCCUGAAUGAGACAGAAAUGAAGUCGUUGUCCGCCCCUUUCCCUGACAUGUUAUGAGUCAGGAGCCGGGGCGGACUGGGACAUCGUCUGACUGGCACACUUCAGUACCGGCCCAUUGGCCAGUCCGCCCCUGAUAGUAUGUAUCGAUGAUGCAUGUCUGUUAAAGUGGACAACAUUUGAGUUUCUUAAGUCACCAUGUGGAGUUUACAUUCACUCUUUCAUAGCAAAAUACAUAGUUUGUAUUUUGAUGCCUAUUAAACGUGUCCAUUUACUAACCUCAUAAGAUGUUGGUAGAAGUUGAAAGAAACAUUUAUUAAAUUCAUAGUUGGGUGCUGACAUUCUUCCUCAUGCCUUUAAUUGGCAUGUGACUUAAAUUAUCCUGCUACCAGUUGUGUGAAGCAGUGUAAAACCAGCAGAAGGAAUUUUUAUCUUGCUUACUAACAACACGUUUGGGCCUUUUCUAGGCAUUUUAUGACUAUUGGAGUAUGAUUGGUUGGUAGUAGUUGGGUUCUGGCAAGCUGGGUUUCUUAAGUGCUGGAGUGAAGGAUGGGAGAGAGAACCGUAGCACAACCCUUGAGAACCCUAUCCUUGAUGCCAAUGAGGAAAACUCUAUCCACAUUGUCUCAUGGGGUCUCCCUUCAAGGAUUGAUUUCAACAUCGGCACACUACUUAUUGACUUUAUGUAGUUCAAACGCUUAUGUCUUAGUUCUUCUGGUUUAGCACUAGCAACAUUAAAACAAUAUAUUUGAUUAGAGAUCAUUUACAGCUACUCUGCGAUGAUUGCAUGGUUUUUCAGUUCGACAUCCAUCCUCUGUUAGUGACUGGUGGAUGAUGCAUGACAAUGGCCCAAAAUCUGUUUAGAGUCUUGUGUUAUAGACGGCACCUGCUAUGAGGAACUAUGAAAAGUACCGAAAUAUAUCAGCAGCGAACAUUUUCUAUUUAGUUUGUGAACAUAAUCUAUCUACCUGCUUAUCUUUCUUACAGUGCAGACGCUUUUCUGCUUGCUCUUGCCUCUGCUUACUUUUUAUGCUGAUUUUCCUAUUCUUAUUCUCUGAAAACUUCGAGCAGCGACUCCUGGACAUUAACUUAUCACUGGGACAGUUCAUCUUCGUAAAUAGACGGAGGGUCUCAGCCAUAUUUCA